GCUGAUCUGAAAUGCAAGCAGAGCUCCUUCUGCUGUAUUAUCCCUCACUCUGUCUCUCGUUUUCCGCACCGAGAACCGCCAUUCUCCAUGCCGUGGUAGAUUCUUGACUGCGUUGUUGCUUGCGCGACCGUCCGCCCGCCCGCCUGCUUCCAGCACCUAUCGAUUACCCCGAGAACGCACGCAAGGGGGGGCCAAGCAUGUCGGCCAGCGUUGCCCAUGCUCAUCCCCAUCCGAGCAGCUUCACCCCCUCGGACAAGCUUGAAGACCAAGCUGCUUCUGCGGCAUUGUCUGUCGCUCGAGACACUCCCACCACCAAGCACAGCACCUCUUCAGUCCUCGACCAGGAAGGUCGGCUAUCUGCUGCCAGUGCUGCGCUGUCUCUGAAAUACGCGCGAGCUCAAGAUCUUCCCUCGUUUCCUUCCACUGGCGGAGUCAAACUCGCAUCCGCUGGCGCCGCGGCGAGCCUCGCAGAAUCCAACAAGAAACCCAUCCAGCUUUGGACACCCGGGGCCAUCCCCCACGCGAACACGGCUGCCUAUCGAGCAAAAGACUAUGAAAUGGAGCCUCUGUGGAAGCCAGAACUGAGCCGGGCGGGUUCCCAGGCGGCAUUGGCUGCCCAUCGGGACGCUGCACCGGUGGACGUCUGGAGGGCUCCGGAGACAGAGCAGGGUCAUUCUGCCGCAUCGUCGGCCUUACAGAACCCCAAAUCUCCCCCACCCAUCACCGAGAGAAACGUGUCGAGCGAUGGGCGACAAAAGGCACUCUUGGCCGCAACUGCAUCCUUGAAGGGUGGCAGACGGCGAGCAGAAUCCGCUCCGACACGACCCGCGCCAGCGCCCGUUCACUCUGCCUGGGCCAUCAAGGCUGCGACGUCAUCUCAGAACGUGAGACCUCCGCUAUCACCAAGCCCACCGUCCACGAGCGAAUUGUCGGGCGCCGACGCUGCCAGGGUCCAAAAUAUGGCCAGGACCAACGUCUCCAGACAGAUGUACACAUCCAAUCCACCGGUCGCAAUAGAAGUGGAAGAAAGGAGAAGGCAAGAAAUGCUCCGCGCCUCUGCGGUCGCCAUGGCCAGAAAGAUGUUCGCCAUUCAGCAGGCUCAGAUCGAUGAGGCAAGGGGAAUCCACCGUUCACAGAGUCACUACGCUGCAUACACUGCCCGACGGCGCGCACAAUCAGACGCCGCAAAUCAGCCUGCAACCACUGACAAUGUGCCACGCUACGAAAACCUAGAAGAAGCCGCUCGGAGAUUGGCCCAGGAGCGGCUCGCCAAGCUACACGACGAACACGCCGAGUAUCGGCAGUACUAUGGACAACAGACUGCGCCGCCUAGGUCGCGGCUUACAUUACGGCGCGGCCGGCGGACGUCUGACAUUCGAGAAGACUCCGACUCCGACCUGGAAGAGUCACGCAAGAUCCGGGCACAAAUGUCUUUGUUCCAGGGCAAGCUCGCCGAGGUCGACAGCAAGAAGCGACAAGCCGAUCGAGAUGCAUUGCUUGCAGUGGCACACAAGAACGUGACGGCUCGGAUGAAUGCAAUGGAUGAAAAGGUCUUUUCCGAAACCGGCAAAACCACCCCCCAACAACGUGAGCUGUGGGAGCGCCAGGCCCGAGAGAGGGCUCAGCGUGAAAGUGACGACAGGUUGCUUCAUGUGGGGAAGGUUCACAUUGGGGGUGGCAAGUAUCUUGAGCAGUCUGAGAUUGAAGCAAUUGCCAAAGCUCGACUGCAACCGACCCUAGACGAGAUCACCGAAAAAGCCGAGCAACAAAGGGCCAGGGAUGAGGAACUUAGAUUGGAACAAGAGAGGCUCAAGGCCGAGCAAGAAGCCGAGAAGAAACGGCAGGCAGACAUCAAAGCAGAACAAAAAGCGGUCGUCGAUCGUGAAAAAGCCGAACAAAAGGCACAAAAAGCAGAAGAGAGACGGGUUCAGCAAGAGCAGAAGCAUGAAGAGAGACGUCAGCGCACUGAACAAAAGGCCACUGAGAAAAAAGCCCGAGGCGAGGCAAGUGCCGCGGAAAGGGAGCGUCGGCGAACGGAGAAGGAAGAAAAGAGACAGACUGAACUUGGCAAAACUCGAUUCCUCCCACUCCCAAGCUUCCUCGGAAGAGGCGCUGUUGCAGCUGGAGCUGCCGCAGGUGCGGCAACAGCUGCAGCUGUCGAGGGCGCCGCAGACGUUGUUGGAGGAGGAGCAAGAACCCUGACAGGAGCGACUGCACUCCCAGCGACCAUGACGGCCGAAGAUGGCGAGCUCGCCGGUGAAACUGUGCACGACCAAGUGACCUUGGAUCCAAAUGAAGCCGCUCAUGCGGUGGCUGCGGCAGACACAGAGGCCACUCAGCAACCGGCCGAAGAGCCGACGGCCAUUCAGCCCGCAGACGAGGAGAUUGGGCCGAAGGACGACGACAUUGGAACGACUCCGUACUCCGGGACCACCCCGCCGCAGGAGCCCACAUCGCCAACGUCACCGACGUUCUCGACUUCACCGACUUCGCCUUCAAAGCGAGAUUCGCGGGUGAAGACCUGGUUUAAGAGAUUCAGGGCGGGAAGUAAAACAGAGAACGAACUUCCGGAGCCCGCCGCGGCAACUGAAGGGGAGCCAAGAGAAAAUGUAGGCACGGUUGGCCAGACAGCCGAGCCGAUCAAGGAAGAAGACCAAGCCGCCACGGAUUCCAUUCGAGAUGUUGCACUCGCAGGCCGGAGCGACAACGAGACGGACGACAUGUACGGCGGAUCUGUCAAGCCCUACGGAAGAGUCUCACCGAUCCCCAAUGAGAGCGCUGGGCCCGGCCCCGCAGUCACCACUGGCGGUGCAAAUGAACGAGACAUUAGUCCUCCAUCUGACACCUCGUCGGUAAGAGAAGAGCCGUACGUGAUUGCCGCAGACGUGGCUUCCUCCAAAUACUCGACUGAACACGCCGGGUCGAAGCGAGACUCAGGCUUCGAUCAACUUGCCACGCUGACGGACGAGGAUGAGGAACCCCGGGGCAGGAAAGGUUUUCGGGAGAGAUUUCUGAAGAAGGUUAUCCCUGGACGAGACAAAGAGAAGGAGAAGCAGAAGCCCGGACCUUCAGAGAGCGCAGCAGCCCCAGUCUCGGCCCCAGUUCCACCCACAACCACCACUGAACAUACAGCACCCGAACCGCAACCACAAGGCCAAGGCGAGACGCAAGAAGCAGGCGGAGGUCACGCCAAUUCAGACGAGCACAUCCUCGCCGAAACGGAACCUAUGCGCGAAAAGGUGCAGGAGCCCUCAACCACAUCCACUGAAGCAACGGGAAACACAACCGUCACAGGCGCUACGACACCUGCACUAACGCACGCGCAGACGAAUGGGGAUGAUGAGGAGGACUUUGAAGAGGCCAGAGAUACCUUUGACGAAGGCCGGCUAGUGAGUGCGUCGAAGGUUGACAGCGGGGCGGCGCGACUGGUCGAUGUCGCGGGUCCGAUGAGUGGGAAGAAGAGUGAGGAGAAGGCUAGAGAGGGAAGUAGGUUUACGGAGGAGUUGUAGAUCGCUCCACCGUGGGAAUGGCGACGACGAGAAAGAGAAGGGAGCAGGGCCGGCUCAUACCAGUCAAAAGGAGAGAUCCGCGGGGAGAUGGCGAAUCCAGAAUGCAACCAGGGCAUACAGGCCAAAAUGACUGGCAAGUGUAUGUAUGACGGAUCUCAUGCAAGGAAGGGACCUUUCUUUGUUUUGUCUUUGGUACCAUGUGGGAAAGCGAAAACGGACGGUACUACGAGGGCACGACGCAAUGUUCAGGAUACGAUUGAUUGAUAUACACGCGGGGCGCAGCGCCGCGCAACGCACCCAUGUUUGGUCUCUGUCAUGUUUGAUGCACGCUUGGUCUGAAAAUGCUCUCGUUAUUAUGCUGCCACGCUAUGCUAUGCUAUGCUAUGCUUUGAUCAAUUCCACACUCCUCGUCUU